GAAAGCCGACCAGCGGCCAGCAAUAGCUACUCCGUAGUACCGUACGCAUGCUACGCUACCAGUACAGUACCUCCGUACCUACGAUCUCGCCACCACGUCAAGGCAUCCCACACCCAACAUCAGGCAAGGGUUUCCAGCUCACACUCCGCCAUCAGCCAUUGACCGAAGCCCAGCCACCUGGUCCCUUACGGUAACCAGUCGCAGUCAAGACUCAAGCCUACGCAGACUGCUCUCUACCUGUCCACAGGUACUCGAGUACCGAUCAACGCAGUUGGGGUUGACUUGUCCUUCGGCUUUCAUCCACUUCCACUUCCAACUGCGACUACAUACUGUUCUCCACAGCACGUCCACAAUACGAUACGAUACGAUUCGCUCUUGUACAGAGUCCAUUGUACUCGUACUGGCAAAAAACGACAUCACCGAUUCACUGCUGGCCUUCAACCACCAGCAUCAGCAUCAACUAUCGCUGUCGCAUCUUCAAUUCGCGCGUUUCGGCUUCUCAAGUUGAGCCUCUUGCAUUGAACUUUAUUCUCCAUAAUUCCGUGAAUUGUGAUCUGAAUCUGGGGCAGCACGAACGAGGGUGCGAGACUGGGCUGCGCUGCAUAAGCUUACUUACCUGACGGCUCAACUCUUCCCAGCACACACACACACCACUCAGCGACUCCCCACCUCUCCGAAUCCUCGCAACGACAAACAACUUCUCCGCCGAUUAAGACUCCGCACUGUCCAAGAUUUGCCUCACCCCUCAGACAACCCUUCCCGAGCAUUUGACGAACAGCCAGUCGCCGCCGACUUGUAGGCUGGGCUGCUCUCCACAUGGAUCUCACGACGAAUAAGGGUACCGUCAAUCCAGCCUUUACUCUUUCUGCUCGACAAGAGCAGCUCCUAUUUGCCGCUCUCAAUUCAAACGCCAAAACCACCACCGCUGAAGGUUCUCCCGACCAAGCCAAGGGUAUAUUCACAAUGGCUCCUUCCGCCUUUUCCGAAUCGCCGGUCCAAGCAGCACCGGGCUCCGGUACUUUGGACGCUUUUCAGGAGAGCCCUUUCAUUGACUACGAUUACGAAUUCGAUGGUGCUGAUGGCUUCGAGUAUGAUUUCAGUAACGAUUCUCAAGCACAAAUGAUUGGCAAGUUACCUGGAUCCUCUUCAGACGGCGACGCCGAAGUUCAUGAUAAGCGCAGCCAUCCUGAUGAUGAUGGAGAUGAGGAAGAGGGAGGAGGAAAGCGCAGAGAGGGAGACGAGAGAUCAUCCAAGAAGCCAGGCAGAAAGCCUUUGACAUCGGAGCCCACAUCUGUAGGUACUCUGGAACUUCUCCUUAAGUCCGCGUUUUAACGAUCGCAUCACAGAAACGUAAAGCCCAAAACCGUGCCGCUCAAAGAGCUUUCCGAGAACGCAAGGAAAAGCAUCUCAAGGAUCUUGAGACCAAGGUCGAGGACCUCCAGAAGGCUUCGGAGUCUGCCAAUCACGAAAAUAGUAUUCUACGUGCACAAAUAGAUAAGAUGUCGACCGAGUUGCGCGAAUACAAGAAGAGAGUAGCGCUUGGUGGAGGUAUCGCCCGAAGCUCAUCGUUGAACUCCAACUACCCCGCCUACCUUUCCGGCAAAGGCUUUGGAGCUGGACUUUCUACUCCCAAUGAUGUCAACUUCUCCUUUGAGUUUCCCAAGUUUGGCCGCCUUCCUGGUCCCCCAGUUCCGGCUGUAAAUGGUACUAGACAAUCUACCUCUCCAACCACACAAGCGAUGGCUAGCCCUGUUGAGAGAGAUAUCAGUCCCCGCAAUCAAAGUCUGCAAUUCUCCUCACCGACCGCCAAUGGCUCGAGCAUUGUCGCAUUGUCAGGUGCAACAGCAGGAAUUGAUAAUGGAGACAUGUCCAGCCUUUCUGGCCUCUUCAGCCCUUCGCUCCUUGAGAGUGUUAGCAGGAACUCAUACGAAUUCUCUUUAGGAACCAAUAAUACCAGUGGCACUAACAAUACCAAUGGUUCGAGAUCAAGCACAGAGUCUGCUAACGGAAAUGCCAGCACUGGUCACAAUACAUCAUACAGUUCACCGUCUGCUUCAUCAAAUUCCAACAAUGGUGCAAACUCGUCUUGUGGUACAUCCCCGGAACCAACUAUGCAAUCCCUGGUUUAUAACAAGCCUGUUGAUUCAUCGUUAACAACCAUCGGCGAGGAACGCUGUGGUGAUGGUCUUGCUGCAGGUGAGGUCACAUUUUGCGACAAGCUGAACAUGGCUUGUGGUAAUCCCAAUAAUCCCAUCCCUCGUACAUUGUCUGAAGUUACAAAUCCAGAAAUCAACGAGACAGCACCCGCUUUUGACAUCAACGGAAUUGACUGGUUUGCCCAACAAAAUGACAACCAAUUUGAGCCUCAACUAUUCGGCGACUACCGCGAACCCCAAGAUAAUAUACUCUCUGGUGAUGCUUUUGGAAACAGCUUCUUUAGCGAUGCCUUUGCUGGUCCAGAUUUCACAACACCGUUCAAUAUUGAGCCAAGCCCUCAACCUGCUAAGAACGACCUCGUGGCCCAGAUUGAUGCACAGAAGGAAAAGGAUGAUGAAGUUGUUCCAGCAGAGGAUACCUCCAAGCUACUCAGCUGUAAUACGAUAUGGUACGAUUCCUUGCUCAUGAUAAGUAAAUAAUUCGCUAACCACAUUUUAGGGACCGUCUCCAAGCAUGUCCCAAAGUCAAGGAUGGUGAAUUUGAUCUCGAUACUCUAUGCCAGGAUCUACAAAAGAAGGCCAAGUGUUCCGAGAAAGGUGCCGUGGUUUAUGAGUCCGACUUUAACCAGGUCAUGAGCGAUUACGCCACCGGGGAGAAGAAGAGCAAGGCAUAAGUAAAUCACGUUCACACAGUAUACAACAUAGCGGCAUUUUCACGGAUUGGAGGGCGUUGCGAUUUUACACUAUUGUCAACGGGGAUUUUGGCACACAAAAUAAGUGGACAUGUAAAGGAGAUAUUGGCGUCGCAGGUCACACAUAACGUGGACCAUCAAGGGGUUUUCUUCUGGGGAUUUAUCAACUCCUCUCUUGGGGGUCAAUGGUGGGAGGUCUCAUCUUUUUUCGGGAUGUUCUUGCUUUUAAUGGCUUGAUCCUUUUUUCCUUUUCUCCUCGGUAAUGGAUGGAUGGGACAAGAUGAUGGGAAGUUUCCUUUCCUUUUUGAUGCUGAUGUACGGUACGGGAUGGAUGAAUUGAUGGAGGACAGGACAGCCUUUUAUGGUUAUGGAUUAUGCUAUGGACCGAUGCUCUUUUUGCUAUGCAUGCAGGAUUGCCUUCGAGGCUUGAGGUUUUGAAGGUCUUCUUCGGGGCGUAUGUAGCUGCAGCUAGUUGAUUGAUACAUAGGAAGUUAAACUGAAUAUCAUGACGUGUUUGG